AUGACGGGCAUCCGUCAAUCUGCGGUUUCAGAGCCUCCAUCUCCUGUGCAACUUUUCCGUGUGUACAACCCACGACGUGCCCACGCCAAGGGACCCGACCCGACUCCCCCCACCGACCCGUAUGCGGCAGGUCACGAUUCUCGCCUGGCGCUGACCCAGACUCUCUCGCCUCGAGGGCAGAAAAAAAAGGAUCCUGAGAAGCUCCCCAAAGGCUGCCUGAAAGUCGCUGCUGCUGCUGCCGUUGCCGCCGCUGCUGCUUUCACGGGCCGCCGCUGGGGGUCGUUGUCCGUGUCCAGCCUGACUGGGCACCUGAAUCCGAUCCGAUUCCCCGAUUCCGAACCUCGGCCUCCCGUCUCGUCUCGUCUCGUCUCGUCUCAGCCUGAACCUCAGCCUCAGCCCGCCAUGUCUGAAGACGACAUCGACCUCGCCGGCCACGACGGCCAAGGGCCCGGCCGAGUCGACCGCGACCGCCGGGCGCCCAGGUUCAGCUGGACGCCCGCCUACGAGGCCACCUUCUUCCGCAGCCUGUGCGAGAGCGUCCAGCUGGGCAUGCGAGAAAACAGCAGCUUCAAGGCCGAGGCCUGGGAGCGCGCCGCCCAGGCCCUGCAGGAACACCACGGCGCUUACCCGGCUAAAAGCCACCUGAUCAACAAGAGCGACAAUGCUCGGAAACGCUUUCGACUGUGGCGAGGCCUUCGAGAGGACCCGGACUUCAUCUACAACCCCGUGUCGAGGACGGUGACGGCGACCGAGGAGGCAUGGAGAGCGCAUAUCGAGCGAGAGCCUUUGUCGCGAGCCCUCAGGGGGAGGCCCUUUGACCACGAGGAAUACAUGGAGGUGCUGUAUCCGGACGUGGUUGGGUCGGGGGGGGCUCCCAAGAGAAUCAUGAAGCCUCGACGAAAGACUGACGGCCAGCCUUGCGACGACUCGGAGAUGCCAGGGACUGGCGUGUUGAAUCUGCAAACCGACCCGACACCGCUCGUGCAAGACACCGCCGACGUGCCGAGCCAACAACCGCCGCACAAGAGCCCGCAGAAUCAAGCGUCGGCAGCUUCUUCAUCCGCUUCUGGAACUCAGCAACGACCGACAACAGCGCCUUCGAUACCUCGCAACCUCACCGCCGGACAGGGCGCAGCCCUGACGCCUCCUGAAGAGUCGGUUCCCCAGAGCCGAAAGCGCCCCUCGCCUAUGGGCCCCCUACAGUCUGCCGGCGACCUUGCUCAGUCAACCUCUGGGGCGGCUAUCCCACAAUCAGCACUGCCAACCUCGCCGGAAAAGCGCCGCCGACUGUCGUCCCGGGACGAUGUUACUUCCAAUACAAGCGCAGCCACUCCAUUGCUUGGAUCGUCUGCUCUCCCGGUCCCGGGCACCAGAUCCACAGUCGAGCCUCGAUCGCGUCCAGAAGCUCAAGUCGCCGGACUCCAGUCCAUCUUGGAAGAGCUUGUCUCUCUAUCAAAGGCGAGCAGGGCGCGUAUGUGGAGGGAAGAAGCUGUUGACCUACUAUUCAAAGAAUUCGCAACCGAAGACGCAGACGUGCAGAUAAAAAUCUCCGAGAAGGUGUUGAACGACGAGCACAAGGCCAUGGUGUUUUGCAAGAUGCCGUUGCAUCUGAGGCAGCACUGGGUCAAACGACUUCGCGGCCUCGGAUAA